ACAUGAACUUAAAAACCUGUGGUGAUAAUGAAUAAAAAUUCAAAAUGAUUUCAAGAACAUGCAGUAAUGUCAUUAGCCCCUGCUUAAUGUAAAAUACACUUUCAUUAUUGUGCAGAACCUUGAACUGCUAAGGUAUGUUUACCACCGCAUGGGUUUCUUUUAUGUACCUGAAAAUUUCUGCACUGUCAUCAUGUAGUGUUUGCGUUUAGCACACGUACCAUUAAAACAUCUGACAGUUGAUAUUUGUGAUGCUAAUAACCUGAUAGUUAUUCUGACAGUAAGCUCUAUUUUAGUGUCCAAGCACCAGUAAGUGUAGUGGUCUACUAGUUCAGCAGGAAUGAUGGAGGGUUCACCUCAGCCUGGCAGCAGGUCCUUGACCUGGCGGCUGACACUUUCCGUCUUGUCUGCCAUUUUAGGCUCAUUUACAUUUGGUUACAAUACAGGGGUUAUCAAUGCACCGCAAGCAAUUAUUGAAGAUUUUAUGAAUUAUACUCAGCUUGAAAGAAGUGGCAAUAUCAUGGAAGAGGGGACAAAGUCCAUCAUCUGGGGGUUCGCAGUCGCCAUCUUUGCCGUGGGUGGGAUGACAGGGGGCGUUCUAGCAGGGUGGUGGUCACACGUAUUUGGGAGGAAGAUUGGUAUGCUGCUGUGUAAUGUGUUCACGAUAAUCGGAGCAGCUCUGAUGGGCACGAGUCAAGUGGCCAAGUCCUAUGAAAUGAUAAUCGUAGGACGCCUGGUUGUGGGAUUAAGUUGUGGUUUGUUCACUGGGCUGGUCCCAAUGUAUAUCAAUGAAGUAGCUCCCACCAACCUGCGAGGUGCCCUGGGCACACUUCACCAGCUGGGGGUCACUGUAGGCAUCCUGGUCUCACAGAUACUGGGGAUCCCAGAAAUUCUUGGCAAUGUUUCAGGAUGGCCUAUUUUACUAGGAAUUACUGGUGCGCCUGCAGUCUUACAGUUACUGACGCUGCCUCUCUGUCCAGCUAGCCCACGCCAUCUUUUAAUUGAUAAGAGUAAAGAGAAAGAGGCCAGAGACGCACUUGUUGCCCUGAGAGGCUCUCAGGAAGUGGAGGAAGAGAUGGAGGAGAUGAGACAGGAAAAGAAAGCGGGAGAAAAAGAAGCUAAGAUGAACUUGAUCCAGUUAUUCAGGACUGCCACGUUACGUCAGCCUCUGCUGGUCAGUGUGGUGAUGCAUCUCUCGCAACAGUUGUCUGGCAUCCUUGUGGUGUUCUACUAUUCAACAAGCCUGUUUACAGAAGCAGGUAUUGAUGAUCAGAAACUUGCUUCUUACCUGACGGUGGGGGUGGGUGGAAUAAUGGUCAUCAUGACCUUUGUGACCAUCCCCUUGAUGGACCGAGCUGGACGUCGGACACUCCACUUGAUCGGUCUGCUGGGGAUGUUAGUGCUGGGAAUAUUAUUGACUAUCAGCAUGGCUUUACAGAAUUUAGUGCAAUGGUUCAGCUAUAUUAGUGUGGCCAGUGCGCUGCUUUUUGUUGUGUUCUUUGCCCUAGGACCAGGCUCUAUUCCAUGGAUGAUUGUGGCAGAGCUAUUCUCCCAGGGGCCUCGUGCAGCUGCGGUCAGUUUCGGUGUGUUGACCAACUGGACGGCUAAUUUUGCUGUGGGACUGGCUUUCCCUCCAAUGCAGGUAAAAGCAUUUCAAGAUUUGUGUAUGAAUAAUUUGGUUUUAAACCUGAGGAAUUCAAAGAACAAAUUAUGCAUGCAGUAAAAAUACAUCCCUUCAAGUAUGUGAUUUUAGUUACUGUUUUUGGGUUACCCCCCCUCCCCCCUAUCCCCUAAAAAAGAAUUAUUGUAACAAAAAAAAUGAGAAGAUCAGGAAUUGAAGUAUCAUGAAUAUCUUUUUGGGGCUUCUACUACAACAUUCUGACUAAAUAUCAGUUUUUGAACUGACUUGUUGAUGAACACUAA